ACAUUGUCUUCGUUCCUGAUUGGCCGAAUGAGUUUUGCCACUGACAGCCUGAACGUCUGACAGCUAGCUUAACUACUGAACGUUACAUUUAACAAAGAUUAUUUGUUCACUUUUGCACACAGAAUACAUUUUAUGUCAACAUUAGGAGCGGCAACUAAAACCGUCCAAGCGACAUUUUGCACUGGCCCUGACGUAAUUCGGCCACUCUCCGCUGUAACCGAAUCAAACGUGCCCACUGAGCUCAUCACGCUCGCCUGUCUGUCACCUUCGCCUGAUUGAUGCCACAAAUCACGCAAGGGAAAUCUUCUGCUUCUCACCAUCGGCAACAAGUGGAGAUAAAGAGUAUGACAUGUUGCAACGUUCGCCACGGAUGACAAGCUGGACGCUCGACCAGUGGCCCUGCGUCCGCAGAUAGGCCCGAGAUGGAUGCCCGCUGCUCUUUUGUGGCGGGCGAAAGAAAAGACAAGUGGCAGAGCAGAUGCGACGUUGCAACCCUCGACACUGGCGAGAAGUGAAGCAGAGAGGCUAUUACAUGCUGUCUGACACCUCUUCCUUCCCUUCUGCCGGAGAUGCCUCGGCUGUCGUCUGCUUGUUUUCACAAAGGGGCCGAGGAGGACAACGUGAUUAUGAACUCCUAAGCUGCUUAAUGCUGCCGUCAAAUGAGAGCGCCGGCUCGGCUCAAUUUCCUGCGCGUCGACGCCGCCGGCCGCCGCCGCCGCCGCCUCACGUUCUGCCCCACGUCACCCUCUCACGCACCCACACCGCCACGCACACACACACGACGUGAUGGAUUAAAGCGGUCGUGGGGGAAAUGAAAGGAAGCAAACCUUCCAUGAAAUUGGUUCCCCAGAAGUUUGCACGCCACGGGAGAGGAGGGGGCGGGGGGUCGGCUGGUGCUGAAAACUUGCAAAGGCUUUGCCUCCUCCUCCUCCUCCUUGUGGCUCCCAAGGAGAGUCAUCAGACGACCCCGCUCAGGUCACGGGGGUUCAGAGGUCACCCGGCCAAGACGUCCACGUGCCCGUGUCAAAACACCAGCUGGUGCAACCGUCUCGGAUGUCUGAGACUGCAUCGAACAAGGAACAGGUUUUGGCUCAGCUCAAGAAGGAUCUCCGCUCGUUGCUUGUGUCGUCCAAAUACGGCUUGGACGGUAACCAGCUGAUGCGCGACUACGCCGACAUGCUGGGAUACCCCAUUCCGCUGAAAUCGCUGGGCUUCCGGAAUGUUCUGGACAUGGCCACAGCCAUGCCAGACGUGAUGUCUGUGACUAACGGCGUCUUUCAAGCCGUGAGUGACAAGUCCACCAUGCAUAUUGAGCAGCUGGUGGCCAAGCAGCGCAGCAAAAAGAAGAAGAGUACCGGCCAUCAACCGGCACGAAUCUGGUGCCGCCAGACGCGAAAAGUUUUUCUUUCGCUCGAUACUUUUAGGGCGCAGCUACGAAUCCUCCUCAGUCAGGGUCCUCUCAAGUUGUGUAGCUUGAAUUGGAGCUACAAGCGUUGCUUUGGCCACCCGGUGAUCCCGCACAACUUUGGUUUUAACACCCUCAAAGACCUGCUUGAGGCUGUGCAGGAUCUGAUCUGCAUCCAGCCCACCAACAUGAGCCAUAUUGUCUGCCUGAGAGACAAUGUGGUGUCGAUGAAUCACACUGGAUUGUACUUCACGCCCGAUUGGGUCAAAGCAAAGGCGGACAGAAGCUCACGCAGCAGCGGAAUUCCGACGCGAGGAGAACCGUCAGAGCCACUGACGUGUCUGCCCGCGGCGACGGAGAAGAAAGAUGGAGAAGCAGAUCCAGAUCGCGAUCAGAAACUGCCGCUGGAGAAGCCUUCGAGCAAGAAUGGGCCUCCCAUCGAGAAUAGUCACUUAACUGUGCAACCAGCAGAGGGCGACAAAGGACGCUGUACGGUUGUUGUGAACUGUGACGCGGAUCAAAGAGUCGAUUCAAGCCAAGUGGGAAACGUUGGCCACCCUGUUACGAACGCGCACGAGGAAAACUCUUCACCUUGGGAAAGCAAAAUCAUGGCAGAAUAUGAUCGCUGUUCAACGGAGGCCCAUCGAGAAGAGACCAGUGAGGAUUCACAGAUUCCAGAGGAGAUUGCUGAGAAGACCACAGAAGUUUGCAGCCACCAUGCUGAGAUCCGAGACAUGGCCCUGGAUGUCCUUUGCUGUGAGCGUCUCAAGCGGCCAACGCAGCGCGGCGCUCGCGAGAUCGCGCCCGUCCAGGUGGAGCACGUCGAGUCUCCGGGACAUUUCUACAUCCAUUUCUGCGAGAGCGAAGAGUCGUUGCUGGACAUGAUGUUUGAGAUGAGGCGAUUUUAUACCCGUCCCGAUAUGUUUGAAAUCUAUCGACUCCCACGGAGAUUCGUCCGACGGGGCCAAGCCUGUUGCAUGUCGGCGGCGGGCCUCUGGUUCUACCGAGUGGUGAUACAGCGAGUUGUCAGCGCCAGUCAGGUGGACGUGUUCUAUGUGGACUAUGGCCACACCACCAGGGUGGACUCGGACGAGCUGAAGUUUCUCAAGACGUGCUUCUCCAUUCUCCCGGCGCAAGCAGUCCCCUCGUCUCUAGCUGGAGUCAAACCAAAAACUGGCAGGUGGAGCCCAGAGGCCACGGCUUCCUUCCAGAGUCUUUGCGGCAAUCACGUGCUCGCGGGCGCCCUCGGGUGUUACGCCGGAGACGUGCUGCAGGUCUACCUUUGCGACACACGCACAAGCAAAGACGUCUACGUCCACACCGUCCUGCUGAGGCAGGGCCACGCCGUGGCCUGCUUGCCCUCGGACAGCGCCGAGUGUGUCGAGGACAAUCCAUUCACCUUGUACCUGGGCGACGGCGCAGUCGAUGUGCAAGACGUGGAGAAGAUGACGCUGGAUGAUCUCAAAGACGUCGCCACCACCAAAGAGAAGGUUGAUUUGGACGAGAUGCCCGCCUUGGAGCCCAUUGUGGAGGAGCAAGUCAACGCUCACUUCCUGGUUUGAUGAUAGAUCUGCUUGGGUUAUCUUAAACAUAAUUUGCUACCCCGCCAGUACUCACUAUGCGUAAAUUUGAGCAGAAAGGUCAAAUCCAUUUUCCUUUAAUUUUGUUGUCAAAGUAAGGGUGCUCACUAUUAUGAGAUUCCAAACAAGCUGUGGGACACCUUAAACAUUUGAAUGUCCUCCUAAGAUCUGUGACUGCUCCAACGGUAUACACACACACACGCGCACGUUUAUUUUAUAGUCAUUGUGAUGCAAUAUUUUCCUCUGCUGUCCAGAUAUUCAAGUCACUGUUCUUAUGGCAGUUCUGUUUGUGGCCUGACAAUUGAACCCCGUCGUAUUUAAUUGUUCGGCUAUUUUGGUUUCUAACAUCACUGCUAUAAAAGGAAUUGCUUUUA